AGACAUCUUUCUUCCUGUUACCGUCAUCAAGGACGGGUGGAUCGUGCGAUGCCGUUGGCCAUGAAUGCUUUAGAUGUAGCGUCAUCAUCGCUGCCCAGCAAACAUCCCGAAUUGGGAUGGUGUACGGACGAGAAACAGAUUCUCUAUUGUUACAAUAAAUUGCUGAAUUCCGUCAUGUAUAGAUUUGAAGGAAGCUGCUUCAUGUCAUCACGAUUCAGGAUCGUUUGAUGAAGCUCUUCGAUUGUAUAAAAGAGCGGCAGAUAUUUUCAGUCAUCAACUGCCUACAGAGGCCACCUCACUAUCUAUCGUAAAUCAUAACGUCGCUUUGGUGUAUAAUGAAAUUGGACAAAAUGACAAAGCGGUGGAACUCAUGACAGAAAGUAUAAAAAUAAAAAAACAAACCCUACCUGAAAACCAUCCGAAAAUUGCUCAAUCUGUGGUAACGCUUGGCGGCUUUCUGUUUUACAAGAAUGAUUUCGAUGAGGCCGUUGUUCAUCUUGAGUCAGGUCUGUCUAUUCUACGGGAAGAGCUACCGAGUAGUCCGUUCAUAGCCAAUGGUCUGUAUUAUCUUGCAUGCAUUGCGAUGGAACGAGACCAAUAUCUAGAUGCACAACGACACGCCACUCAGUGUUUGCACUUGAGCCAAGAUAUUUAUCCACAAGAACACAACGAAAUUAUUAGUGCACAAGAGUUGGUUCAUGAAAUCGAACAUGUACUACAGAUAUCACAAGUGGUAGCAAACAAAGAGAAAUAACAUCAGUAAUGUAAUGGAUGCAACCAUACAAAACAUGAUAUUUUUGAGUGCAUUGUUGUUUAGCAAAAUAAUUUAAUUUAGCUUCGCAGUUAGCUUGUCGUUGAUGAUCAGCAUUCAAGCUUGUUGUCUACUGGUCAAUGCGCCAUAUUCUACAUCCUUGUGUAGUGAUUACUUAUUAACUUCAUUGCUACUUUCGCUCUAUUUCUAACACAGCAA